AUGCCGCCAUUGAAGUGCCUACUUCAAGAUAUGAUUCGGAUGGCAAGUGAUGUGAAUUUCAACAAUUUAAACCAACAUGUCGAAUUUUUCACAAAUCACAUGGAAGGUCUUCCUAAUCGUCUUGCUAGCUGUUAUUCAGUUUACCGCUUCUUCGCACGAAAGGUAAAAUGUAUUCUGAAGCUAUCGAGAAUAACUGAUUUGUUUGGGUAAUAAAUCUGAAGUGCCAUAUAUUUUAGCUGCACUGUCCUAUAGGCGUAUUCAAUGUGAAAAAACAUAUACUUUUAUUUGAGAUAAAAUAAAUCAUGUAUGAACAUAUAGUGCCUUUUCAAGUACCUUUUGUCCUGUUUCUAUUAACAAGUUAAAUUGCGAUAUGCUUCAGCAGAAAUACUGCAACAAUUGUUUCAGCAUAACAAAUUAAAAAUCUGGGCUAAAUUGCGUUGUCUAAACUGAGGUGCAGCCUACGAGUAUUAUAUUAAACGUACUUUUAUUUUUAUUUUUAGCUUAUUGAUUUAGUAGAUGAUGGAAUAGUGGUAAGCACCAUUGACCUUGAUGCUUACCUGAAAGAUAAAUUUAUUCCAUAUGUGAAGGAAAUCUAUGCAGGAUCUUCCAGUAAUUGGGAUAAUAUAAAUUCAUUUAUGUCUGCUAUCAUUAAUACCAUCAAGGUGAAAGGAACAAGUAUUGAUUCGGUGAGUUCAAACUGCAAUGCACAGCACAUUAUGAACAUUCAACGUUCGUAUUUGUUAAAGGAAAUGUAUUUUUCUAUACUACCAUUAUUCAUUUCCGAGGUCUUUCAGCUAAAAAGCAACGUGCGGCGGGCUACUCUCUUGUUCGUGCUUCAAUUUCAUGCUAUCACAAUUUGGGUCAAAGAGAAUUUUUCACUGAUUUCGUCAGUUACGUUUUAUUAUUUGUUUUGGAUUUUUCUAUUUUCAAUAAACCUAUUUUCUAAACAACAUAUUGAAGAAAAUCAAGAAACUUUUAACACUAAAAUGGAGUCAACGGACUGGGACAGACAGAAACUGUCAAUGUUUAUAGUGUCAAUGUCAAUGUGUUUUAACACGUAAAAACAUGUAUAUACAGAAACGUUUUCAUUUGACAACUGAAGAGAAAAUAAUACAUGAAUUAAUUAAUUUAAUGACUCGUAUUUCUUGCAAGAACGUUCUCGUUUUAUCUCUCGUUUUCGGUUAUAUUUUAAACGCACCUGCACUACAGCGAAAACGUUAGUGCAAGUGGUUAAUUUAUUUAUCAAAAUUGUGGUAAUGUGGGCACGCAUUUUAUAUCUUGUCCGUUUUUACUCGUCUGCAUGAAAAAUGCAGACAGCGGAGGAAUUCCAGUUAUCAGUAUGCCAAACUGGCCCCAUUUUAGGAUACUUGCUGUACUGUUAUCCAUGUCUCAAGUCUCAACUGUUUUCUAAGUAGUGUUGCCAAUUUACCCGAUUUCAGGUUUCUAGCUGGUUAAAACCUAAAGCUGUAUGUCGACAAUCCAUUCAUGGAGACACUGUCCACCUCGGCAUAUCGAAAAUGAGAGAUUUCCUGCUUAAAGAAGGUGUGACUGUUAACACUGUCUCCAUUAAAGCUAUUGUUAACAGAAUUCCAGGAGCAAAUACGAAGUUCUGUACCUGUUUUGUGGGGACCAACCAAGAGUCUUGUUGGAAAAUACCAAGACAGGCGUUUGAAGCUGAUGUUUUUCAACGCUUGGAUGAACGUAAGUGAAAGUUGGUUAUAGUGCAUGAUAUGGUGUCGUUUUGAAAAUAAAUUUGAAUUAUAAAUUUGCGAAAAUAAAUUUGCUACCCGACUAAAAAUGGCUCUUAUGAAUUUGUUAGAAAAACAACAGUAAAUUCCGCAAAACGACUCUGAAAGAAGAUGAAAGAGUAAAAUGUAUUUGAAUGAUUACCUAAUUUUCUUUUAUUUUUGUUAUAGUAUUUUCACAGGAGGAAAACGAAGAAAGAACCGGAGAAGGAAAUGCACCGACAGCGCAAGAGGAUCCAGUCAACGAAGAAGUGGAGGCUUUGAAAAUUGAGCUACGCACCACAAGUAGUUUAGUGGAAGAUUUAAAGAAAAAACAAGAAGUAGAAAUUAAAGCUUUGGAGGACAAAUACACCGUCCAAAUUCGUGAUAAAGAUGGGCAAAUUUCCUCGUUAAAACGCCAGUUGAAUGAGGCGUUAGAAAAACCCAUAAGAGCAGAAACUGGAACGCAAACACCUUGUGGCGCUGCAACCACGACCAGUCCUGUUGUUAAUACAUUGAACACCUUGAUGUCUGAAGGUACAUGUACAAGUAAUUUGCUAUUUAAUUAUAUUUUGAAGAGAAUAUGGUUUAAUGGUUCAAGCCCAUCCUAUGUGAUCCCAUAUACAAACGGGAACAGCACAAGUGUUCCAGAGAAUCAUUAA